UUGUGUCAUACACAAUAUGGGGAGGUGUCUCAAAAAUGAGGUCAUAUUGUCAAUAAUACGUAAUUUAGAUUAAACUGCGAUCAGGGCUCUGUGCUUACUCCAAAGAUCCCUGCGUCCUUUCGAAAUGGGUAUAAAUAGUUCAUCUGUGAGCAAGUGUCCAAGACUCAACAUCUGCAUCAAGAGCACUUGAGCAACAAGACAACUUGAACGGAACUGCUUUGAGAGAAUACGACUAUUGUUCAAUUAUCUCCUUUCUCGGACUACAAUGGGAUUUAGCAAGUUAACCAGAUGCUUCUUGGCUCUUUUAUCCGUCCUGUCUUCAGCCGCAGCCACCUGCCCUCUGGAGUGUUUGUGCUCCCACAAUGCAAGGCACAUAGAUUGCUCGGGCAGAAACUUAACAGCGCUUCCCAACAACAUCCAGACCAACAUAAUCUCCCUAAAUCUAUCCCAUAAUGCCAUUGAGGACCUUGAUGACAGGCUGACCGAGUUCAUCAAUUUGAGAUUCCUUGACAUCUCUAACAACAACCUCAGUAAUAUGCCGACGCUGCUGCCAUUGGCACUGUGGGAACUUGAUGCAUCAAAUAAUUACAUCAAAACACUACAGAAGGAUGACACCGUCUCCCAGUGGAACCUUAUAAAACUGGACGUGUCCAACAACUUAAUUGAAAGGGCUUUUUUAAUUAACAACACGCUGAUUAACCUGAAGUCCCUCAAUUUCAGUGGAAACAAAUUUUGGACAGUCCCGACGAACAUGCCCUACAACUUGAGUACUUUAGACUUGUCACACAACAACUUGCACAAUAUCCUCCCAGAUACUUUUCACCACAAAAGACUCUUGAAAUUGUACUUGAACAACAAUAGCUUACAAUUUAUUCCAAGUGGUACUGUUGAUCAGCUCACUGGUUUGGAGUUGAUUAGUCUGUAUGGAAAUAACUGGGCAUGCAACGACGGACAGAAUGUGCAUCUGUUGAGAUGGUUGCAAACCGUGCCGACAGUGCUUGGGUGUCCGUGCACUGCAGAAAGCAAACGUGGUCAAAGCGGAUGCAACUCAGGUAUAAAUAAAGCAGCACUCGUCAGCUCAACCUUUACAAGUUAUCAGUCCUUAAUUGGAACAACGACAAGUACCAGACACAAAGAGUCCACCGUGAGCACACCGUACGCCUUAGCGAGCCAGAAUACUAAUAUUUCAUCGCUUUCAGAUUCAGUUUCUUACUCUCAGUUGUAUUCAACAGCAUCAAGCUUCACUGGCGGUACUGCAUCACCUAUACCUACUCGGAAUAUCACCUUGCAAACAGCGAGCACCGAAAGUCCAAGUGAAUUGGUUAGUACUAUUGGCGAUAUAACAGAAAGACUUCCGUCAACUACAGUGCCCAUCACUGCACCUGAAUUCACGUCCAACAGCACAGUUUUUCCCAGGUCCACUGCAACCGCCAGCAUGUCAAGUGCAGCCAUGGACAACCAGACCAGCAGAUUAACAUCGCCGUCAACCUUUGACUCAACAUCGAUUGCAAGUCGCACAUCACCCGCUUCUGCUGGAACCUCAAUGGUCUCAAUGGUCACCGGCCCAAGUGUCACCAAUGCAACCACUUCUCACGGUGCAGAAGGAAAUACUUCAAGUCCAUUUCAGGUUGUUAGUUCCAGUCUGACCACAAGGCCAAUGGUUAAUGGAAUCACCGGAAUAAAAAGCACUGUACACCAAAUUGUGACAACACCAAAACCAACUUCAAAAGCACACCGAGGUACGGGGAGAACCUGCUUCAUGGUUCUGUCCAUCAUGCUACUGCUGGUUGUUUAAUAAUUUAAACAAGGUAAACAACCAUGGCUGACAAUGCCAAUGAAAUCUUCGUUUAACAGGACAGCAAAUUUAAAAAUACUUUGUUACGGUAAUGAAACACUAAUGCCUCAAAUGAUGGCUCUCAUGCGUCAUAACGAACAAGUCUGAUCUCGGGUCAGUUUUGCUUUAACCCAGCUCAGGUUGAUCCUUUUGUCUUAUGACCCGAAGAGAAAAGAAUAAAACAAUGUUCACCCUGGGUUCCUUUAUCUCAAAGGCAGUUGCUCUCAGGCGUGCAAAGGUGAUUGCUCAACUUGGGCAGGAUCAGAUUCCGAUGUGAGCCCUCAACCCUAACCCUAAGAGCCUAGCACCUCUAAUGCGUUUAAAGUGUUUGAGGUAAAGGCUCACACAUGAAGAACAAGGUCCUGGAGUUGGUCAGCCGAAUACUUCAGCUCGAUCGCAAGAGAAAAGGGAACAGCCUAAAGAUACAGCUUCACUACAAAACAACGCACUAACUAUUUGCAGGAAAUACCCUGAUCAUCAAGUGAAUGAGGAACUAACGGAAUACUUUGUGCUUUGAAUAAUGUGUUAUAUUUCCCAGCACAAGUUCAUUAAUUCAGAAUUCCAACUUAACUCUUGGAAAUGGUUAAAUAAUUUUACUACUGAAACAGUUCAUAUCCACCGGAAAUGUUUAAUGGAUUCAGUUUCUAUUAUGCAUUUUUUUUUUUAACAGUUUUCUCCUUAUGUUGGUGGAUGCAUGCAACUGCUGAAUUAUUUUGUAAAUGCAAAUUAAUUGCAAUGUAAUUCACUUAAAAGCCAAAUAAAAUGUUUAAUCUUGCAAGGCCAGUUGAAUGCAUGCAUUAAAUUUCUUAAUUAAAAACUUAUUUGAAAUACACAAAUCAUUGCAAUAAAAUGUUUUCACAAGACCUUUUGUCAUUCUAAUAAACCUAACCUAUAAUAAUCAUGAAUGUUCAACGAGCCCGUGGCAAAGACCACAGCAUGUGGUAGCCUCUCACUUCAUACCACUCGUUCUCAAAACCAAGGAGCGAGGCAAAUAGUUUGUCCACCCCGUGACCUGCGUGGGUUUUCUGCGGUUUCCUCCCACACUCAAAGGUGUACAGGUUUGUAGGUUAAUUAGCUUGGUGAAAUUGUCCUUAGUGUGUGGGAUCGUGCUCGUGCAUGGGGAUCGCUGGUUGGCGCGGCCGCGGAGGGCCAAAAGGUCUGUUUCCACACCUUGUGUCUCUCAGCUAAACUAAACAGCUGAUGUCACUGGAGUCCAUCCAUGUGCUGGGUUUCUUGUGGAAGCACAGACACAAAGUCUGGAGCAACUCAGCGGGUCAGGUAGCAUCUCUGGAAGACAUGGAGAGAUGACUUUUUGGAUCGCAACUGGGAAUUUGCCAAUGCACCCCUUCCGGAGAUGCUGCGUGUAUGUACUACUCAAGGUUCCAGUAUCCGAUGUCCCUAGUGUUUCCAUUCCUGGGCUCUGCGUGGUUAGAGGAGCAGACCGACUUUCCCACGGUCGUAAAGGUGAUUUCACAACGGCAUUAUUGCUUCCCGGAUGCCAUCUUUAAGGGUAUCAUGAAGUGCAGCACGAAGUUCUGGAGGAAAGAGGGUAAACAGAUCGGAGGUCAUAGCCUCAAUCUGUCAUGAUAAGGUCCUGCAGGUAGAUGGAACGUAGUUAAGGAAAGGUUACAAUGCAGGAUCGCAAAAGGCAGUAAACUCCAGCUUACUCCGUUCCACACACGAGGACAUGUUGAAAUAGGAGCUCAGCACAGAAAAAUGAGUGCUUGUAACGGUGAUACCUAGGCUUAUCCAUCCCGAGGGCAGGGAACCAGUUUUGGUUGGGAUUGAUGUUGCUUGGCUGGAUUACACCAAAGAUCUUAUGGCUCCGCUUUGGAUUACACUGUAACAUUCUCAUAGGCAGGUUCGUUAGCACUCUGGUGAGAGGUUCAAGUUGAUUUCGCAGGAGCCUGGCUAGAGGAGGGUAGUGUUAAAAUGGAAAGAAAAUGCAAACAAGAUUGGAGGAGAUAAACAGCACCAGAAAUAGUAGAAUGUUUUCAGACCAAAGGAGAGAAUUGGUCGCACAAUGGUGCAGUUGAUUGAGUUGCUGCCUCACAGCGCCCGGUUUGAACCUGAUCUCGGAUGUUGUUUGUGUGGAGUUUGCAUGUUCUCAUUGGGACCGCUUGUCUCCAACAUCCUAAAGACGUGGGGGUCUGCUGGAUAAUUGGCCUCUAUUAUUGCCCCCAAGUGUGUAGGGAGUGUAAGACCAAAGAUCUUAUAGCGAAAUAUUGGGAGCUUUUUAAAAUGCAUUCUAGCCACAUUCUCAUGAUGAAGAAUGAUAAGGAAAUUAUAUACAGCACUUUGUACAUGAUCAAAGAGAGUGUGUAAAACAAUGUGAAAAAUGCAAAUGACCAAAGUCUGGUAGACAACAUAAAUGAGCGCCAGGCUAAUUACAGAAAGUUCACAGAGGAAGUGAAAAGUGAAACAAAAGGCUAUCAGAUAAUAUUUUCACACAUGGAGGUAGCAACAGGGCUGCAAGAGAAAUGAGGCCAAAGACAAAAAUGUGAUUUUGUCUGGAGGCAGAGCUUGUGGCUGAGGUAUUAAUAAGCACUUUAUAUCUGCUGUUGAAAUCGCAGCAAGAGCUGGUGAAAUUACGAUUCUAAGCAUGUUACAAAUUAGUAGUGGAAACAAGAGAAGCACCAUUUGCACUUACAACCAACAAAUAAUUGUCUCAGGUGCAAAGUAUCCCAAGUUGCGGAUGGAAAUGGUGAAGGAGUUGGUGCAGGCAUGAGUUCAGUAUCUUCAGACUAUCAAUUUGAUCUCAGUGGUGAGGAAUUAGUGUUUCAUAAUCAGGAAUAGAAUUAGCAGUAAAUUGGUCAAGUGUAGGUUGAUUUAAGGAAGGCAGCGUGGAUUUGUUAAAGGCAAAUCACACCAAAUUUUUGGAAUCAAAGAGGAAUACAAGUGAAAGGUAUUUUUUUUCCCCCAGAGUGGAAGGAGGUGCCCAAUGAAUCUUCUCAACAGCCAAUACUAGAAACUGUGUAUUCCCUACCUAUUGCAAUCA